GUUGUCUCUUAUGUGAAUUAUUACGUGUUCUUUAUUUACAGUUACUUGCCAACACCUACUACCUAUACUAAAUGGGUCAUCUCUACUCUGACCCAGUCUCCUUAAAUUACUUUGUGCCACUGUCACCACAGAAAGUGGAGUGAGUGAAGAAGAAAGAAGCAAGAGACAAUGCCCCAAAUCCUCCAUCUUGCUCCUAUCUACUUCUAUAGUAGAGAACCUAAAACUGUGAUUUUUCACCCUGUGAUAAGCUAAACUCCAAUCUUUCACACUCUUGUGGCCUGUAAUUCAUCUCUCAGUGUUGGAAGCCUUUCCUAUGGACUGAGAUCAAAGCCAGUGUCUUCCUGGGCUCUCACAGUACUAUAUGGAUCUGAUAUUUCUUCCACUGCCCGUGAUGAAGUCUGUCGAGUUUGAAAAAAGCUUUUUAUUUCUGGGUGCAUUUGUAAAACCUGGCAUGAUUUUGGACAUGCGCCCAUCUGCAGAAAUGCAGCAGCUGAGUUUGAAUCGCCGCGUGCAAGCGGUACGACUACCUGUGUGCUGCUGGUGGGCAGAGUCGAGCUCCGUGACGUUUACCGCGUGGGGGUGGCACCCUGGAGAAACUCUCUGCCUUGGUCACGCCCUGUCCCUGCCUGUCCUGCCCCUUGCUUGUCCUGGCCCGGCAGCGCCUGGCAAAGUGUCCCCUCCCCGCUCAUGCCCGGAGGCCGCCCUUUCUCCUUCGUCAUCAGAAUUUGCCCCGCCCAGAGCAGGAUCGCGUUUCGGGUCUCGUCCCGCCCCUUCCGCGCCUGCGCCUGGACCCACCGCUGGAUUUUUCAUUCCCAAGGAGUGGCCAGAUGGAGGAGGAGAAAAAGCCCCGGAGAUGCCGCACAAGGAGGGGCUGCAAACCCAGCGCAGGGAGCUGCGAGGAGCAAAGACCCGUCCUGUGCCAGGAGGGCAGCCGGAGAUCCAGCCAGAGCUCCGAGCUGGUGGAGAAGCCUCAUGGAGGGGAGAAGCCCCACAAGUGCUUGGAAUGUGGGAAGGGUUUCAGCCGGAGAUCCCACGUGAUCCAGCACCAGGUGAUCCACACUGGGGAACAGCCCUAUGAGUGUGGGGAAUGUGGGAUGAGCUUCAGCCGCCGCUCCAGCCUGAUGCUACACCACAGGACCCACACUGGGGAGAAGCCCUACAAGUGUGGGGAAUGUGGGAAAACCUUCAGAGACAGCUCCAGCCUGAUCCAGCACCAGGUGAUCCACACUGGGGAAGGGCUCUACACCUGCUUGGAAUGUGGGAAGAGCUUUGGAUGGAGCUCCCACCUGAAAUAUCACCAGCGGAUCCACACUGGGGAGAGGCCCUACGAGUGUCCUGAGUGUGGGAAGAGGUUUCACACCAGCUCUGAUCUCCUCGUACAUCAGCGAAUUCACAGAGAGGAGAGGCCCUUCCGCUGCCCUGACUGCGGGAAGGGCUUCAAGCGCAACUCACACCUCACUGUCCACCUGCGGAUCCACACUGGGGAGAGGCCUUAUGAGUGUCCUGAGUGUAGGAACAGGUUUCACUCCAGCUCUGAUCUCCUUGUACAUCAGCGGAGUCACACAGAGGAGAGGCCCUUCCGCUGCCCCGACUGCGGGAAGGGCUUCAAGCACAACUCUGCCCUCACUGUCCACCUGCGGAUCCACACUGGGGAGAGGCCCUACGAGUGUCCUGAGUGUGGGAAGAGCUUCUCACAGAGCUCUCACUUGACCCAACACCAACGGAGGCACCACUAAGGGAAGCUCUGCGAGUGCCCCGAGAGUGGGAAGAGCUUCGUGCGCUGCUCCAGCUCCAUCUCCCAUGGGAGGAUCGGCCUUGGAUGAUCCCCAGUGACCCCCGUUGGGCAGAGCCCUGCUGAUCCGUGGUCCUGGUGAUCCAUGUUGGGAAGACACCUGGCUGGGAUGCUCCACAUCUUCCUGGCUCCCCGUGGGCACCUGGGUGAACACAGGGGCAGGAACAUCCAUCGGGACACAGACCAGCAUUGGGAAUUCCUUGGGCAGAACAGAUUUGUUGACUUUCAACCCCAGAAAAUCUUUUAUGUUCAGUCCUAUCAUCUGGUGGCAUUAAGGAAUACAGGAAGGUCUUGGAGAUCAUUUCCACCCUCUCCCAUGAUUUUCUUUUCCUGUUGACCAAGGGCUUCUUCUGCAGCAAAAUGCUGAUGGACUGGGGCCAAGACUAAGAUUUUGGAGACAGUGGGGUGGAAACCCCUCCAAAAAUGGUUCUUCCCUCCCACCCAAGCACAUGGAUCCUCAGCUGGCACAGACAUAGAAAUCCUUUUGUUUUGGUCUUGAUUUCCUUUUGAUUUCUCUUCAUCCCUUUAAAAUAUUCAACACUGGGGUAAAACUAAAGACAUUGAACUGGGACAUGGGUGGGGACAUGGGGGACAUAGACAUGGUGGGACAUAGACAUGGAGAGUGACAUGGGGACACAUGGACAUGGACAGGGAUGUGUCCGUUCAUGGGACAUGGGGGGAAAUGCGCACAUAUGGAGAUGUGGGGGACAAUGACAGGGAUGGAUUUGUGGUGGGGAGACAGCCAUGGGUGAGGACAUGGUGGGACAUGGCCAGUGACAUGUGGGGACAUGGCCAUGGCUGGUGCCA